CUCGGCUGGUGCCCAGGGCGUUGCGGGGAGCGGGGAGUCACACCGUGUCCAGGGACCCCUGACCGAGCUCGGUGGCAUUCGGAACCUUGGUGAAGUCGUCUGGCUGGACCCUGAGACUUGCAUGCUAUGGAACACCCGCUCUUUGGCUGCCUGCGCAGCCCGCACGCCGCGGCGCAAGGCUUGCACCCGUUCUCCCAGUCCUCCUUGGCCCUCCAUGGAAGAUCCGACCACAUGUCCUAUCCUGAGCUCUCCACGUCGUCCUCGUCGUGUAUAAUCGCGGGCUACCCCAACGAGGAGGGCAUGUUUGCCAGCCAGCAUCACAGGGGUCACCACCACCACCACCAUCACCACCACCAUCACCACCAGCAGCAGCAGCACCAGGCUCUGCAGACCAACUGGCACCUCCCGCAGAUGUCCUCCCCGCCGAGCGCGGCCCGGCACAGCCUCUGUCUGCAGCCGGACUCCGGAGGGCCCCCGGAGCUGGGCAGCAGCCCUCCAGUCCUGUGUUCCAGCUCCUCCAGCCUGGGCUCCAGCACCCCGACCGGCGCGACGUGCGCGCCCGGGGACUACGGACGCCAGGCGCUGUCGCCCUCGGAGGCGGAGAAGAGAAGUGGCAGCAAGCGGAAAAGCGACAGCUCAGACUCCCAGGAAGGAAACUAUAAGUCAGAAGUCAACAGCAAACCCAGAAAGGAAAGGACAGCCUUUACCAAAGAACAAAUCAGAGAACUUGAAGCAGAAUUUGCUCAUCAUAAUUAUCUGACCCGACUGAGGCGAUACGAGAUAGCCGUGAAUCUGGAUCUCACUGAAAGACAGGUAAAAGUCUGGUUCCAGAAUAGGCGAAUGAAGUGGAAGAGGGUCAAAGGAGGGCAGCAAGGAGCUGCCGCUCGGGAGAAGGAACUGGUGAACGUGAAGAAAGGAACCCUGCUCCCCUCCGAGCUGUCGGGAAUCGGGGCAGCCACCCUCCAGCACACAGGGGACUCUCUAACCAACGAAGACAGUCCUGACAGCGACCACAGCUCAGAGCAUGUGCAUUUAUGAUACACGCCGAGAGGAGCAGCUCCAUUCUCAGGAAAGCAACGUGGUGAUGACAAGCCUUACCCUCACAUCGUUUACACACAGAGAGGACUGUGACGGUGAUUUAUAUGAUUAUCAAAUGUGGGCUUCUGCAGUCUGGUUACCAUGAUUAAUAAAGGGUUUACACGAAGUGCCACUUGUUAAAGAUGCCUCUACAGUUAAAAAAAAAAAAAAGCUAAUCUUUCUUUGAAUAUUCCAGAUGUGUUUGGUCAUGCGUAUGACAGUGGGCAAGUGUGUUUGCUCUCGCUUGCACUGCCCGUUCAUUUGCGAUCAAGAGCAAAACAAGAGACCUUUCUAUUCAAGAUGCCUCUAAAGUGAAGCUGUAGAAGACGAGCUUACUUUGAACAUUGCGGAGGUAUUUGGUCAUGUGUAUGACAGUGGGCAGGUGUUUGCUUUUGCUUGCACUGAAAAUGAAUUUGCUAUCCAAAAUAAACCAUGUAACAUUUUAUCCUGAAGAGCCACAGUGCCUGAAAUCACUCUUAGGUUGAUAUCAAAUGUAUUCUAACUCUGUAUAUAUUAUGCUUAAGUCAUUUCUCUGUCCUCGCUAAUUUUAGCAAUACAUUCAUAUUAGCUGAUGAAAAUAGGCGCUCACAAAAGCAACACGUUUCUGUGCUUCUUAUACUUCUGUCAUCCCAACGGCAGUCAGUACAUGCUUUCUUGUUUCCAAGUAGAGAAAAACACAGUAGGGUCUGAUAGGACAUAUUCUUGUACCACAGACAAAACACAUCUUAUGUUGCAUUUACUAUCAACUGCUGCUAAUACAUAUUUUAAAACUUAAUCUAGCUCCUCAAUUCUUCUUAGCUUAUAGCUUGGGAAAAAAACAAAACAAAAACCCAACUAGGAUCAUAGGCAAGUCAGUUACCUUGCAGGCAGAGCUUUGCAUGGCAGACUUGGUCUGAUUUUGCUUCUAUAAAAUGUUAGCUCCUAUAAAUAUGAUUUAAUUACCAAGAAAAGGAAUUUCCUGGAAACCGUCAAUAGUGUUGCAAAGCAAAGGUGAAUCCUUAUAUUGAUAGAAAAUGAAAUUCUGAUGGUCUUAAACUAUAAUGCAGUAAAGACAUAUUUUUCAUAUGUGAUAUAUUCAUACAGAAAAACAAUGUUUGUAUUUUGUAAAAACAAAAAGUGUUUAA